AUGCCCAUUUACUUGAUAAGACGAGCCGAACUAGCUUCAGUUAUUGUUUUCACCGUCCUAGACGUUUUUGUUUUGCUUACAAUCAGUUUACUAUUCAUAAGAUGUGUAUUGAAUCUUGCAAAAGGAAUGACCCAAAUUGAGGUUUGGGAGUGGGAAAGAUUAGAAAGUCAAUUCCACAGCAGACGACUAUGGAUGCAAAUCAGAUCCAACUAUGAGAAAGUGUUUGGAAAAAAGUUGCCAAAACUAUCUACUUGGACGAAUGCAACCCUUGAGGAGGAGGAUGUGGAUGAGGAGGAGGUGGAGGUGGAUGAGGAGGAUGAGGUGGAGGAGGAGAAAGAAAAAAAGGAGUACCCACCAGAGUGGAGUGAGAGUGAACUUGACGCAGAAGCAAAGGAUAAAAGAAAAGAAGGCAAAGACAGCGACAUCCAUCUACAGGAAUCACCAAAACGCAGCUCAUCUUCGGAGAACUUGAACAAAGAGACUGAGCCAACUGUUGUACCUACAAAUUUCACAAUUGAUGACAUCAUUUUCCCAUAUGACUAUGGUGUAUAUGGGAACUUGAAAGCGGCUCUUGGAUCGCCACUUUUCUGGCUAAUACCAUGGAAAGGCUCUAGGCGGAACGGAUAUGACAUGGAACUUUCAAAAGACUACAAGGAAUAUGAUCAAUUAGGAUUACCAUGGCCGCCAGAUGGUUGCUACAAGGAACUUUCAGUAGGAGAUCAAUUCCAUAUCAAGCGAAGUCAAUGGCAAAACGACAUGGGAGAGGGAUUAAAUGAUUUCGGAGUGGAAACCGAUGUAGAAGAUGACGAGGAGCAAUAA